AAAACGUAAAUCAAAACCAGCCAAGCACAUCACAUGUGUUUGUUGACAGAAGUCACGGGCGAUGCGAUCGGUAGUAAAGGCUAGUCUGCAAUAUUUAAACAUCAACGAGUUGUCAAUCUCCACACAAACGAGACGUUUACCUUGGUAAAUGGAUAGUAUGACGUGCCAAGUUGUCAUUUCAUAGCUAAUGGAGAUAUCUUACUUUAAAUAGAGUAAAAAGUAAAAAGGUCAGUGACGAAAAUGUCUUUAGAUGCUGAAGGUGACACGAAAACUCACAUGAUCGAUGGCGUACGGCAGCCUAUUGCAACCACAGCUAAGCAUCUUCAGGAUCUUCAGAUGUUCGAAAUUGUUGAAGACGAUGUUGUUGUGAUGACGUCUCCUAAAUCGGGCACAACUUGGAUGCAAGAGAUCGUUUCUGUUCUUAUGUACGGAUGUGAUGUGGAGAAGGCAAAGCAGGAAUAUAUAGAAAAACGUUGGAUGUUCAUUGAUUUCCCUUUUCAAACAGAAGGAGUUUCAUCUCCUCGGCUGAUAAAGACUCAUUUAAACCCACAAGCGAUACCACCACACAUAAAGGAGAAGAAGCCAAAGAUUAUAUUUGUGUCUAGAAACCCCAAAGACACUGCUGUGUCUUUCUUCUUUUUCCAUAAAACUGGAAAACAUCUUCCUACUUACGAGUCUUGGACCGAAUUUCUGAAUGAUUUCUGCGCUGGGAAUCUUAUUCGUGGAGAUUGGUUUGCUAUGAAUUCCUAUUGGUGGAGUCAACGCAAUGAUAAGAAUGUACUGUUUGUCAAGUACGAAGACAUGAAACGAAAUCUUAGUGAAGUUGUUGAGAAAGUUGCAUCGUUUCUUGGGUGGACGAUUCCGGACGGAAAGUUGCCUGAGCUUCUUCAGCACUGCUCUUUUGAAUCAAUGAGGUCAAACAAUAAGGUCAACUCUUCUGAGGAUCCUUUGAUAGACACCGACAAAAUUCCAUUCAUGAGAAAAGGAACGGUUGGUGAUUGGAAGAAUUUCUUUACUGUUGCCCAAAGCGAAGCUUUCGAUCAAAUUUAUCGAGAAAAGAUGGCGGGUACAGGCUUAGAAUACGACUACGAGCUAUAGUUUUAAGGCAGAACAGAGAGGUUUAUUCAGACAAACACAUAGUUAAUGAAAUGUAUCGAAAUCCAGCAUAUUGAUGCAUACCUGCGUGUACACAGUGUGAUGGCGACGCAAUCUAAUCACCUUCCUUGGUGUACGCGUUUGUGAAAUUGCAGUUUUGUUCAGUGGUUUUAACAACAUUGAAACUAUUUUCACUGUGUAAAGGCGCUAUAGAAUUACGGCACCACCAUUGCUAUACAAGUCUUGUAGAGCAAUAGCCCUGUCAUAAAAUUAAUACUGUGUUAGUUGAGAUGUUUGUUGGGGAAAAAAAUCCUAUUAUAAAGAUGACAAAAGCACUACCUGCACCUGAUUAGCUUUGUCCACUCUGUCAAAUAUCAUGUGACAAGUAACUGUGAUUAUGCCCAUAUUUGGAUGCAAGCUAAUAUGAACAAAAAAAUUGAUAGUGAGGACAUAACUUUAUAAUAAUAUUAGUCGUCAAUGAAAUGAAAAAAUUUUUAAAAUGCCAUGAUUUUAUAUUUUAUUCACUAAUGGAUGACAUCAUUUAUCGUUGAAUAAAGAUAAUGAUCAACUAAAUUUCA